AUGGAGCUGUCCGAGGUCCGGUGCUCCAGCGCGAGCGAGGAGCUGUACACCAUCAACAAGACGCCGAGCAGCAGCAACAACAGCAACAGCAGCGGCAGCGGCGGCGGCGGCAGCGCGCGACCCAAGCGGCUGCUGUGGCAGAACGCGGUGCGGCACAUCACCGAGCAGCGCUUCAUCCACGAGCAGGGCGGCGGAGGCGGAGGAGGGGUGAAGGGCAUCGGGCCGGAUGACCCCUACGACCCGGGCCAGGGCGCGCGGAAGCAGUCGGCGGGGCGGACGUCGGUGGGAGACCGGCACAACAACGGCGGGACCAAGGUGUUCCCGGAGCGCGCCAGCAGCGACCUGGGAUUCUUGCAGAUCGACUGUGCACCGAGCAACUCCGACUUCUUCCUGAACUGGGGCUACACGUACCGGGGCGUCAUCUUCCCCACGCUGCGGAACGCCUUCAAGUCUCGCGACCUGGAGCGGCUGUACCAGCGCUACUUUCUGGGCCAGAGGCGCAAGUCGGUGGUGGUGAUGAACAUCCUGGACGUGGUGACCAAGCUCACCCUGCUGGUGCUGCACCUCACCUUGGCCUCGUCCCCGAUGGACCCGAUCAAAGGGACGCUGCUGGGCUUCUUCACGGGCAUCGAAGUCGUCAUUUGUGCCUUAGUGGUGGUGCGGAAGGACACCACGUCGCACAGCUACCUGCAGUACAGCGGCGUGGUCACCUGGGUGGCCAUGGCCACGCAGAUCCUGGCGGCCGGGCUGGGCUACGGGCUGCUGGGUGACGGGGUGGGAUACGUGCUGUUUACCCUGUUCGCCACCUACAGCAUGCUGCCGCUGCCGCUCACCUGGGCCAUCCUGGCCGGCCUGUUCACCUCGGGACUCCACAUUCUGGUCCAGCUGCUCAUCUCCCAGAAUGCACAACUCUCUACCAACCAGGUCGCGGCUCAGGCUGUGUUAUUCAUGUGUAUGAACACUGCUGGGAUAUUCAUCAGUUACCUGUCGGACCGGGCUCAGCGUCAGGCCUUCCUGGAGACGCGGCGCUGCAUCGAGGCUCGGCUGCGACUCGAGACGGAGAACCAGAGACAGGAGAGACUGGUGUUAUCAGUCCUGCCACGUUUUGUAGUUUUGGAAAUGAUCAACGACAUGACAAAUGUAGAGGACGAACACCUCCAGCACCAGUUUCACAGAAUCUACAUCCACCGCUAUGAGAAUGUCAGCAUUCUUUUCGCAGAUGUUAAAGGCUUCACAAACCUCUCCACGACGCUGUCGGCGCAGGAGCUGGUGCGAAUGUUGAAUGAACUCUUUGCACGCUUCGACCGCCUCGCACAUGAGCACCACUGUCUACGAAUAAAGAUCCUGGGAGACUGUUACUACUGCGUGUCUGGCCUACCUGAGCCCAGACAGGACCACGCCCACUGCUGUGUGGAGAUGGGCCUCAGCAUGAUCAAAACCAUCAGAUACGUGAGAUCACGUACGAAACACGACAUCGACAUGCGCAUCGGGAUCCACUCGGGCUCUGUGCUGUGUGGUGUGCUGGGACUCAGGAAGUGGCAGUUCGACGUCUGGUCCUGGGACGUGGACAUCGCCAACAAGCUGGAGUCUGGAGGGAUCCCAGGGAGGAUCCACAUCUCCAAAGCCGCAUUGGACUGCUUGAACGGCGACUACGAGGUGGAGGAGGGCCACGGGAAGGACCGCAACGACUUCCUCCGUCGCCACAACAUUGAGACGUACCUCAUCAAGCAGCCGGAGGAGAGUCUGCUCACCCUGCCGGAGGACAUCAUGAAGGAGGCGGCCAGCUCGGCCGACCGCCGGGCCAGCAGCGCCACCUUCAACGAGGCGUCCUGGAGCCCCGAGCUUCCCUUUGACAACAUCGUGGGGAAGCAGAACACUCUGGCUGCCCUAACGAGAAAUUCGAUAAAUCUGCUUCCAAACCAUCUCGCACAAGCUUUGCAUGUCCACUCUGGUCCUGAGGAAAUUAACAAGCGAAUAGAGAGCGCCAUCGACUUACGGAGUGGCGAUAAGUUGAGAAGAGAGCAUAUCAAGCCUUUCUCACUGAUGUUUAAAGACUCCAGCCUGGAAGAGAAGUACUCCCAGAUGAGGGACGAGGUGUUCAAGUCCAACCUGGUGUGCGCCUUCAUCGUGCUCAUCUUCAUCACCACCAUCCAAAGCCUGCUUCCCUCCGCCAGGAUGGUAACCAUGGUGAUCCAGUUCUCGGUCCUCAUCGUCCUCCAUUCCUGUCUGGUCCUAGUUACGACGGCAGAGGACUACAAGUGUCUGCCUCUGGUCCUGCGCAAAGCCUGCUGCUGGAUCAACGAGACUUAUGCAGCGCGAAACGUCAUCGUCUUCGUCUCAAUCCUCAUCAACUUCCUGGCAGCAAUGAUCAACAUACUGUGGUGCGACUUCGACAAGUCCAGCACCUUCAGGAACCAGACGUACAACGAGUCGGCCUCCAUCCCAGACAUCUGCUUCUACCCAGAGUAUUUUGUGUUCACGGGGGUCCUGGCGAUGGUGACGUGUGCCGUGUUCCUGCGGCUCAACUCGGUGUUGAAGUUGGCGGUGCUGCUGGUGAUGAUCGCCAUCUACUCGCUGCUGACGGAAGCUUUCUACACCUCGCUGUUUGUCCGCUACGACACCGUCCACCACAACACGGAAAACUUCCUGGGGACCAAAGAGACGUCGCUGCUGCUGAUGGCCAUGUUCCUCCUCGCUGUGUUUUAUCACGGCCAGCAGCUGGAGUACACGGCCCGGCUGGACUUCCUGUGGCGCGUCCAGGCCAAAGAGGAGAUCAACGAGAUGAAGGAGCUGCGAGAACACAACGAGAACAUGCUGAGGAACAUCCUGCCCAGCCACGUGGCCCGACACUUCCUGGAGAAGGACCGGGACAACGAGGAGCUGUACUCGCAGUCCUACGACGCCGUUGGCGUGAUGUUCGCGUCCAUCCCGGGCUUCGCCGACUUCUACUCGCAGACUGAGAUGAACAAUCAGGGAGUCGAGUGCCUGAGGCUGCUCAACGAAAUCAUCGCCGACUUUGACGAGCUGCUCGGUGAGGAUCGAUUCCAGGACAUCGAGAAGAUCAAGACCAUCGGCAGCACCUACAUGGCCGUCUCUGGCCUGUCGCCCGAAAAGCAGCAAUGUGAAGAUAAGUGGGGGCACCUGUGUGCGCUGGCCGACUUCGCCAUCGCCCUCAACGACAGCAUCCAGGAGAUCAACAAGCACUCCUUCAACAACUUCGAGCUGAGGAUCGGUAUGGCCCACGGCUCGGUGGUGGCGGGUGUGAUCGGUGCCAAGAAGCCUCAGUACGACAUUUGGGGGAAGACGGUGAACCUGGCCAGCCGGAUGGACAGCACGGGGGUCAGCGGCAAGAUCCAGGUCCCCGAGGAGACCUACCUGAUCCUGAAAGAGCGCGGCUUCGCCUUCGAGUACCGCGGCGAGAUCUACGUGAAGGGCAUCAGCGAGCAGGAGGGCAAGAUCCGGACGCACUUCUUGCUCGGCCGGGUGCAGCCCAACCCGCUCAUCCUGCAGCCGCGGAAGAUCACCGGGCCGUACUCGCUGGCCGCCGUGGUGCUCGGCCUGGUGCAGUCGCUCAACAGGCAGAAGCAAAAGCAGAUCCUCAACGAGAACAACAACUCGGGCAUCAUGAAGGGCCACCACCACUACAACCGCAGGACGUUGUUAGCGCCCGGUGGCUCCGAGGUGGGAGGGGGGCAUCACGCCGAAGCGGCCGAUAAGACUGAGCUGUCCUGA